AUUAGUGCAGCGUGCCUUUUUUCUCUCCGAGGCAGAGAAGAACAUGAGCAAGAUAGAAGACCUUGAAUUUCCCUACUGCCAAGAUGUUAAUAAAUACGAGAAGCUGGCCAAAAUUGGACAGGGGACCUUUGGUGAAGUGUUUAAAGCUCGCGACAGGAAAACAAAAACCUUGGUCGCCCUCAAGAAAGUUCUUAUGGAAAAUGAAAAGGAAGGGUUUCCCAUCACAGCAUUGAGAGAGAUUAAGAUUUUGCAGCUUCUGAAGAAUGAAAAUGUUGUUAAUUUAAUUGAAAUUUGUAGGAGUAAAGCCACACCCUACAACAGAUUCAAGAGCACUUUCUACUUGGUAUUUGAAUUCUGUGAACAUGACUUAGCGGGACUUCUUAGUAAUUCUAAUGUGAAGUUCACCUUGGGGGAAAUCAAGAAAGUUAUGCAGCAACUGCUCAAUGGAUUAUAUUACAUCCACAGUAACAAAGUGCUUCAUAGAGACAUGAAAGCAGCUAAUAUUCUAAUAACAAAAUCAGGACAGUUGAAAUUAGCUGAUUUUGGACUUGCUAGAGCUUUCAGUAUUAACAACAAAGGCCAGCCAAUGAGAUAUACCAAUCGUGUUGUUACUCUAUGGUAUCGCCCCCCAGAACUUUUGCUUGGUGAAAGGGAUUAUGGGCCAGCUAUUGACAUGUGGGGCGCGGGAUGUAUUAUGGCAGAAAUGUGGACUAGAAGUCCUAUAAUGCAAGGGGACACUGAGCAACGCCAGCUACAGCUGAUCACACAACUUUGUGGUUCUAUCACAACAAAGGUAUGGCCCGAUGUGGAAAAAUACGAACUUUACACCAAAAUGGAGCUACCAAAGGACCAAAAACGUAAAGUAAAGGAUCGCCUGAAAGCCUACAUUAAAGACCAAUAUGCCUUGGACUUACUGGAUAAGUUACUCACACUGGACCCAACCAAACGUAUCGAUGGUGACCGAGCUUUGGACCAUGAUUUUUUCUGGACAGACCCACGUCCUUGUGAGCUGGGUAAAAUGCUGUCCCAGCAUACUAUGUCCAUGUUUGAGUACCUGGCGCCCCCUAGGAGGCGUGGAGCUGGACCACACCAGCAGCAGCCUGUUGCUAAACCUGCAGCAAGCAUGGACCAACAUUUUGAUAGGAUAUUCUAGUCGUUUUAAUUAUGAUUGGGUCAUUGUCUUUUACUUCAAAUGUGAAGAGUCAUGUUUUUGUAUACAAAAAGCAUAAGAUUUUGAUCUUUUAUAUCACCAACAUAUUUUACCCUCUGUCAUUUCCUUUUUUUCAUUUAUUCAUCUCUCUGAUUAGAUAAUUAUGUUAGAAGCAACCACAUUGCAGAUUAACUGUCUUAAAUUUAACUGGAAGGAAAAUAAGAUGUUGAAGAAACAUAACGAUCCCAAAAGUACAAAGAGAGAAAUUACUGUGGAAUACCCCAUGAUAAUCAUACUUGUCUGGAGUAGGACAAGACAUACUGGUAUAAUAUUUGGCAUAAAUAACACAGGCCUAAAACCAACAAUUUCAAAUGUGGUUUAAGCUUGUGGACUUUUUACCCCCUUAGUUGAUCUAACAUGAGGAAUUGCAUAGAACCUGGACCAAAUUUUGAUUCAAAGUGGAUCUUUUUCUCCCAAAAGGGCAAUUCUUUUUAACCCUACCACCUGAUUUUGUUCCAAGUGUUCAGUGUAUAAAACAUUUAAAAUCUUUUGUUAUAAUCUAGAUAUUGUGUCAGUUUUUUUUUUUUACAGUAAAUCCUUUAAUUCCAAUUGUAUUAAAUGAAUGAUAAGGGUAUCGGCAAUUAUUAUUGUAAUUCUAGAGAAUGGGUAAAAUUACUGAAUUUGUAUGGCAUGGAUAUUUUGAAGGAACUCAUUUGGAAAAUUAUCCUUUAUUGCUUUUUAAGUUGAUAUAUUGGUACUGUGCUCACAGUAAAGGGAUGUUCAAGUUGAUGUAGAGCAAUCAGAUGCAAGUAGGUUGUCAUUUAUUGACUAAAAUUCACCAUAAUUUAAAUGCAAAAUUGAGAUGAGAAUAUAUGAUAUUUUUGCUUCCAUUCACUGUGGAAUUAGAGAUAUUUGAAUUUUUGUGCAAUUGCCUAAGGCCAGUUUAUAAGUAAGUCAUGUUUUCAAUUCAAGGGAACAGAAACCUGCAAUAGAUAUUGUCUAGUAUGAAGUGCUUGGUUUUCGUCUUUCAGUAUUGCAAUUUUUAUAAGGGACCACAGGAUGUCUUAGAGUUGGUUGCUGUAACUUAAAAAAGUUUGCUAACUCUCAUAGGUGCUUUUUUUUUUACAUAAUUUGAAUUUAUACUUGGAACAACGCACAUGAAAUGUGAGGCCGAGAUUAUUAUUAUUAUAUAACUAUUAAUGUUGACUUUGUUAUUUGAAUACUUCGUAAAAGAAACUGCAUUUCUAUUAUCAGAUAUAUUAACUAUAUAUAGUGCUUCAUGCAUGACAUGUUAUCUUAAAGAAUAAAGAUCAUUACAGUAUUA